AAAACCCAGACAUCGGGGACUGUUGUUGUUCUCUCCCGGCGCGACCGCCUCUGUCGGUUCGCCCAGAGGGAGACGGGGAGCUGGUGUGGUGAAGCGCGGGCGGCCGCAGCCUCCUCUCUCCUGCGUCUCAAAGCUGCGGCAGCAGCUGGUGCAAACAUCCUGCCGUUGGUCUCCGAUGCCCUUCAGUGAGGAGGGGGCGUUGGGACCCUGGUGAGCGCACCUCCGGCUCCCCCAACGAGGCGACUUCAUCGGCCCCCCUGAUCCGCGCACCCCAGCCUGCCAGCCAUGGCUGAGAACGCAGCGGGGGACCUGAACUCCAACCUGCUCCACGCCCCCUACCGCACCGGGGACCCUCAGCUAGACACGGCCAUCGGGCAGUGGCUCCGCUGGGAUAAGAAUCCCAAAACAAAAGAGCAAAUUGAAAAUCUGUUACGAAAUGGAAUGAAUAAGGAACUGCGGGAUCGUCUUUGUUGCCGAAUGACUUUCGGAACUGCAGGACUUCGUUCUGCUAUGGGGGCAGGAUUUUGUUAUAUUAAUGACCUUACAGUAAUACAAUCAACACAGGGGAUGUACAAAUACCUGGAGAGAUGUUUCUCAGACUUCAAGCAGAGAGGCGUUGUCGUCGGGUAUGAUACCCGGGGGCAAGUAACUAGCAGCUGCAGCAGCCAGAGGCUUGCUAAACUCACUGCUGCAGUCUUAUUGGCUAAAGAUGUUCCUGUGUACCUUUUUUCAAGAUAUGUUCCUACACCUUUUGUACCAUAUGCAGUCCAGAAGCUCAAAGCAGUUGCAGGUGUGAUGAUUACAGCAUCUCACAACCGCAAAGAAGAUAACGGAUACAAGGUAAAUCUUGGGCUCCUAUUCUUUGCUUAUUUACAUGUUCCUUUCUUAUUUAAAAUGAUGAUUUUUCUUUACAGGGAAUUAAACUCAAAGACCACCUUGAAAUUUGUACAUUCAUCUUUUCAUGGGGUUGGACAUGACUAUGUGCAGUUGGCUUUUCAAGUGUUUGGUUUUAAACCUCCAAUUCCAGUACCAGAACAAAAAGAUCCUGACCCAGACUUUUCUACCGUAAAGUGCCCAAAUCCUGAAGAGGGAGAAUCUGUGCUGGAACUCUCUUUGAGGCUGGCAGAGAAGGAAAAUGCCCGGGUAGUGGUCGCCACAGACCCCGACGCAGACCGACUGGCGGUGGCAGAGCUUCAGGAGAAUGGUCACUGGAAAGUUUUCUCAGGAAAUGAGUUGGCAGCUCUGUUUGGGUGGUGGAUGUUUGACUGCUGGAAGAAAAGUAAAUCCGGAAAUGCUGAUGUGAAGAACAUUUACAUGUUAGCCACCACAGUCUCUUCCAAAAUUUUGAAGGCAAUUGCACUUAAAGAAGGAUUUCAUUUUGAAGAAACAUUACCAGGUUUUAAAUGGAUUGGAAGUAGGAUAAAAGACCUCCUGGAAAAUGGGAAAGAAGUCCUUUUUGCAUUUGAAGAGUCUAUUGGUUUUCUGUGUGGAACUUCCGUUUUGGAUAAAGAUGGGGUGAGUGCAGCGGCUGUUGUUGCUGAGAUGGCAGCUUACCUGGAAACCACGAAUAUGACAUUGAAACAGCAACUGGUUAAGGUUUAUGAAAAGUAUGGUUAUCAUAUUUCAAAAACUUCAUAUUUCUUGUGUUAUGAUCCAAAUACCAUCAAAAGUAUAUUUGAAAGGCUUCGUAAUUUUGAUUCUCCAAAAGAAUAUCCAAAAUUUUGUGGGACAUUUGCUAUAUUGCAUACACGAGACGUUACCACUGGAUAUGACAGCAGCCAGCCUAAUAAGAAAUCAGUGUUGCCUGUGAGUAAAAACAGCCAGAUGAUUACAUUUACUUUUCAAAAUGGUUGUGUUGCUACUCUUCGGACAAGUGGGACAGAACCAAAGAUCAAGUAUUAUGCAGAGAUGUGCGCAUCCCCGGACCGGAGUGACACUGCCUUACUAGAAGAGGAAUUGAAGAAACUCAUUGAAGCUUUGAUAGAGAAUUUUCUUGAGCCCAGUAAAAAUGGGCUGAUCUGGCGUUCUGUUUAGUGGACAUUCGUACAUCAUUACUUUGCGCUGUCAUAUGGAACAGGGCAGCCAAGAACUUCAUGCAUCCAACUUGUGUUAGCAUUCCCUCUCUAUCUCAUCUGGCCGAGUAUCCUUUUCCUUUUAUUUUUCUCUUUUUGGUUGGCUGACGAAACAAACUAUAUAACUUUGAUAUGAAGCAGUCUAGAGAAAAUGAUUCAAAUUUUUCAUAAUCUUGAACAAAAGUCAUGACGUUAAAAGUAUUAUAGUAACAUGUCAUUCUUCCUUUAACAGAAACAAAACUGUGCAAAAGUGAGUUUUCUUAUUAGAGUGUGAUUAAGUAAGCUUAGUUCCAUAUUCUUGUAAUUGUGUAUAGCAUGUGUUUUUAUUUUAAAAAAAUAGGCAGAUAAAUGUAUAAUUAUCGAGUUAGUUAAGAAAUUUAUUUCACAAAAUUGGCAAGAAAACAGCACUACUCUCAGAAUACUGUGGAAAAGUGUCAUUGUUGCAUCAUAGGUAUUGACUUACAAAUUAGAGUACGUGAGAUAGGGUAUUUAGCAUUUCUAGCUUAGAACAGGUGUUACAAAUGUGGUGUCCAGCUCUUCUGUUUCAGUGCUGCUGGUGCAGUGUAAAUUUAUUGUAUGUGUUUAAAAUUCCACGUUUACUGAACAUAGACAAUAGUGGCAAUAUUCCUAGAAACUUGGUUCUUGUCAAAUUUCUCAGUGCCUUCUCAGGGUUUGGUUUGAAUUGAAACAGUGUUCCUGCAUUGAAUAUAAUUUAAUUCAUUAAUUUUCAGACAGUUCAGGAAAAUCUUUCAAACUGUAUAGGUGCAUUCCUCUAUAUUAAAUAGGUUUGCUGACUUUAAGAUCUUAUGAAUGUAUAUAAAAUUAUUAAUAAAAGCAGACUCAAUGUAACUGUAGUUAAGCAUCUUCAUGUUAGAAUUAAAUGUUAUCACAGCCUUUGAGUCAAGAAAAAGAUCUGAACUGAGAAAAGAGCUCAAUUUAUUUAAAAGUCUAACAUUUGGAUUACAAGUAUAUAAAUAGAUUAAUUCCUUUAUCAAAUGAAGUAAUACCAAUUUUACUAGGAAAUAAAACAUUCAGAUUUUAGGUAUUGUGAAACACUAAAACUACAUGUUUUCAAACUAAUGUCCAGUUUAUCCUAACAUCCUUCUGGCUUCUAUACAAUUUCUUAUCACAAGAGUAACUAUCUUUUCUAAUGUGGAAAAAAGAAUUGGAAGGUCACUGGUUGAUUCUGCAGCCUUCUAAAGAGACAGUGGAGGAGCUCUGUUCAAUCCUUUUUAAAAGUGUAUCCUGUUAUAUAUAGCUCACAGAAUACUUAAAAACAUGUGGCAUAGUUAAGAGGUAACAAUAACAAGGUCUUGGGUGUAAUCUUCUAAACAAAUUGCCUAUGGAAGAUAACUGGUAUUAGAGAAUUUAUUUCCUAAAAGUAAUGACAUAAAUUUGAACUGAUUAGAAUACUUAUUAAGUCGUGGUUUGGUUUGUUGUAGCUAUUGGCUAACAUUUGGUUGAACUUAUAUAAUCCAAGUGUAAUUUUCAAAUUAUUGUAUUGCCACUAUUGUUAAUUUAUUCCUUCCUUCCUUUCAUAUAGCUGGAUCUUGUAUGACUGUAGAUAAUAGACAGAUAGCUAAAUGUAGAGCACCAUAUUUCUAAAUGAGUUUGUCUUCAAUGGCUUCGUACUAAAGAAGUGUGUAGAAUUUUUUGCUUUAUGCACUUUUAGGAAUGUAGAUAUUAAUUUAGGAAAUGGCCUAUAUUCUACAAAGUGGUAUGAGCAAUGCUAUAUAUAUGGAAAAUAUGUAUAUUUGGUUUCAGUGUCUGUUUUUUAUUGACUGAAGAACAAAGUGGAGCUAAAAUGAUACAAUAGCCCUUUACAAUCUCUAAAGCCAUGUUAUGAUUGUCAUUCUAUCGUAAAGAGAACAGCUUUAUUUGAGUGCUUUAAUGUAAUGCAACAUUUCAGUCAUCUUAAUCAAGGUGAAAAGUUAUUAAAGCUUGGAUUCUUACCUCAAAAAUUUAAAAAUCCAAAGUUAAAAUUAAUAAAAAUUUGCAAGUGUUCCCUAAGUGUAUAAAUUGAGGAAAUUAUUUGAUUCUAGCCAAAUUCUCAAGUCUUACUUGAGUGUGAUAUUUAGCAUGAACUGGACGUAGUGGGUGUACACUUGCCUAACAGGAUAAAUUCGGUAGCCCCAGCCAACCAGGUCAGACAGAAGUGCUGACCAGCAGGUCUCAACUUUGGUCUCUCUAUUGUUUAUCUUUUUCUUUAUAAACAAUCUCAUGGAAAUGAAUGCAUCCUCACUGAGUGUGCAGAUCAAAACUGGGAUUUUCUAGAACUCUGGGGAAAGGAAAGAAUUAGUGGGGCAAGAUUAAAGCAUAAGUUGGGGAAUAAACAGUAGAAAUAAGCAAACAAUAGAAAGAUCAAUAGGUAGCACAGGAAAUGCUUUUUGUCAAGGGCAAAUUUAUCACCCUAAAAACAGGGAGUAAAUGGACUGUAGGCAAGUUGUUUAAUUGUGUUUAUUUGUUGUGACGAUGAAUGAGUAGUGAACCUUUGUUUUCUUUUAUUGGUGACCACUAAAGAGGCCAUGUUUUAAGGCCUGAGAAAAAGAACCCCUCUUACUGAUCAGUUUUUGAGAGAAGGCUGUUUCUUAGGAACAUAUGGGAACUGGGGAGGGGAUAAAGCAGAAAUGAAAAGGAAUAAAAUAUAGAUUGGAAAAUAAGACCUCUGAGGAAAAAGUUUUUAAAAAAAAUAAGAUCAUUUAAUUCUGGAGAGGAGAAAGCUGUUGAGAUAGUUUAAUAAAUCAUAAGUUAUUGAGUCUUUUAUUGAACAACUUAAAUUAAGAAGGAAUAUAACAAACUGUUCUCCAUCUCCAGGAAGGAUAAAAUAGGAGGGAAUAAGGGUCUUUAAGAAAAAAGGAAAAAAAAAGACAACAUGAAUAGUUUACGAUUUAAAAACUUGGGCAGGAAUUGUUAUGAAGCCUUCAAUUUGAUUUUUAUUUUUAAGAGAAUAAAAAUUUAUUAUAGGAUAUGCUAAAUGGCUUUUACAGGUUCUUUCUAAACCUUUUUUUUUUUUUUAACUCAGGUUGGAACAAAGAUGUCAUAAAGAGCACU